UCCCGGCGCUCCCGGCAUGGAGGACGCGCACCGGGCCGCCCGCCUGGCCGCCUCCUGCCUCCGCACGCCGCUCGACCCGCGCACCCGGGCUCCCGCCGCGCUCUACGAGCGGGGACCGCCGCCCGCCGCCGCGCAGGAUGGCUUUGACUUGGACUCAAAUACCGACAGAGAGCAGGCCUCCCCUCCAAAGAGAGACUGUGACAAGUGGAUAGACUUUUCCAAAAUGUACAGUUCAAAUCAAGAGUAUUACUUGAAGCUGGAAGAGCUGAAGAACGCCCACAUGGAGACCAUGGCAAAACUGGAAAGUAUGUAUCAGAACAAGCUGUAUUUAAAAGGAGUACAAGACUCGGAUAAGAGAAAUGACACCUCUCCAAAGUGCUGUAGUGAUGAUUCCUUAGAGUGGAAGUCACCAGCUUUGCAUCAGUGUUGGACUGGCUCAAACCAAGACUCAGACUUAAGCGAUCCCUUGGGCUCGAGCGUGUCGGACGCGUCUGAUGAAGAAUUAGCCUUUGAAGAGAACAGCAGCGGAGCUGGAUCAUCCUCGUUUGCUAAACAACAGAUUGAAAAAAUGUGGGAUGGGUUCUGCCUGGAAGACUACGUGUCCCGUGCCAAGCACAGCCUGCCCAGCUCACCGGCCUGCAGGAAAGCGCACAAGAAAGAGAAGGUGUGGUCCCCCAGAGUCACUGUGCCCAAGCCCUUCCAGAUGACCAUCAGAGAAGCUCAGAAGAAAGAGCAGAACGUCAAAUCCAAGUCACGGAUUGAGCUGGAGAACCACUUGCUGAAGAAGCAGCUGGAGGAGGAAGCAGAGUGCCAGAAAAAGUUCCGAGCCAAUCCCGUGCCCGCCACCGUCUUCCUGCCGCUCUACCGGGACAUCGUGCAGCGGAACGAGGAGCGCAGGAGGUCUGUGAGGGAGAGGAGCAAGCUCAAGCUCCUGGCUACCCAAAAGCCCUUUAAGUUCAUUGAGCGAGAGAGGCAAAGGCGUGAAGCCAGGAAAAUGCAGUUCAAAGACCUUUCCCCACCUGAAAUUAAAACCAAAGUGUUCAGAGCGAAACCAGUCCCCAAAUGUGUUUAUAGUCCAGAUUUCCAUGACAAGGUAAAGGAGGAGGAGCUCUGCAGGGAAAUCAGGAUCAAGAUGAGAGCUGAGGAGCUGCUACGAAAUUCAUCCGUACCCAACAGCAGACUGGCUUUGAAAGAGACCAGCAAAAAGAAGAAACACAAGAGCACUGAAGCAAAGCAAAUGGAGCACAAGCUCAAGAUCAAACCGAGCGUUCCCGAUUUUGAGCUCCUACAUGAGAAAUUCCAGAAACGCCUCCUGAGACAAAAAAAAGUGAAACCCCUCACGGUCUGUGAGCCUUUCGACCUUUGUACUUCAUACAUUCCCUCAAGAAAGGACAAGAUCUUGAAGGACAUGCAAGAGGAUGAGGAAAAAUUGAAGGAAACCCGGUGGCCGUUUGCCUCUCCGAGACGGAAGCCUCAGAUGGGGCAGUCUGGGGCAAAGCCACAUCUCCUGGGAGAGGGGAAAUCCAAACCUCCCAAAACCACAGAAUCCACGAGACGACGGCUGCAAGCCCUAAGGAAUUCCCUUGAGGAAAAAAGAAGGCUGGAAGAACAACAAAAAAGGAACAGAAAGAAGCAGAAACAAAGAACAAAAAAAUUCCAGAAAAUUGUGAUGGCUCGGGCUGAGGCCAAUGACCCACAUCAGAGCCUAGCUCAGAUGUCUAAGCCCAGAUUAAAAACAUUCAGGAACAACGAGAAGCAGAGAAGGCAGGAGUAUUUGCAAGAGUUGCAAGAAAUGGAAGAAAGAGUAAAACAAAUGCCAUUCCUUUUUGAAAGAGUCACUCAGAAAAAUGCCAGAAUAGCUGCAGAAAAGUAUUAUUCAAACAGACUGAGAGCACUGGGGAUCUGCCCAGAGUUUGUUUCAAAGAAAGGAGGAGCAACCAAACCUCUGCAGCUCUCCACUGCUGGAGAUUUCACCUCCAUUGCUGGCAGAGCAAGAAUCACCAAGGUUAAAGUGAAAAAAAUGGAAUUCCUUGAGGAAGCAGCUGGUGACAGUCCCCAGUCUGAGCAGUCCUGGGAGGAGGAGGAGGAGGAAGAGAAGGGAAAAGGUGUCAAAACCUCCACCCCAGAGGAGCAGUGCAGUGACCUGGAGGAUGGGGAUGAGGCCAGAGCCAGCCCUGGUGUCCUUGAGCCUGGAUCCAGCCAGCACAGUGACCAGGGGGAGGAAGAGGAGGAAGCCAAGGCAGACCUGUCACUUGGCCAUUCCCAGGAGGAGGAAGAGGAGGAGGAAGCACAGACAGGCCCAUCUCUGGACCAUUCCCAGGAGGAGGAGGAAGAGGAGGAGGAAGCAAAGGCAGGCCCAUCUCUGGACCAUUCCCAGGAGGAGGAAGAGGAGGAGGAAGCAAAGGCAGGCCCAUCUCUGGACCGUUCCCAGGAGGAGGAAGAGGAGGAGGAAGCAAAGGCAGGCCCAUCUCUGGACCGUUCCCAGGAGGAGGAGGAAGAGGAGGAUGAGUCCAGGCCCAGGUCUGAUGGGUCCCAUGAAGAGGAAGCUCAGUCUGACCCCGAAGCUGAGGGUGCCUUCCAGUAUGAGGAUGAGGAGUAUGAGAGUGAUGAUUCUGAGGAGAAGCCCAGUGAUGAGGAAGGGCACUGAGGAAGGGCUGGGGCUCAGGAACCUCUGCCACUGCUGGCUGUGCUUUUGAAGCACUUUUUGUAUUUACAAUAUUGCUUCCUGCAGAAACCAUCCCCUCCUGUCCACAGUUAGCACACCACCAAGCAGCUUAUGUUCUCUUUUCCUUGGAGGAAGAAAUUAUUACAUCAUUACCUUUUACAGCAGCUCCAGAUGAAGAGAAUAACAAAAGAAUUCAAAUUCUUGAAGCAGAUGUUUAAAGCCAUCCCUGGUUUGGAAUUCAUUCUGGUCUCAUGAAGAAUCCCCAAGGCUUCUCUAAUGGCAGCAAGCAAAACCUUUGCCUGAGCUUGGCAGGUGACAGGCACUCUAAAGAUCAAGAUCUAUCACUACAAAUUAUAUCAGACACCAGAAAAAAAAAACUUGCUGCUUUGCUACACAUCCAAAAUUCUGUGAAUUUGUACCUCUUAGUGUAAGAGACCUGCCAGAGCAGGAAUUCUGUUUGUUUUUCAGUAAGAAAGCUCAAGUUUUCACCAAGAAAAUAAUUUCCUGUUGUAUUACUCUUCUUUGUUGCACUCUUGUGUGCCAUUGGUGCACCUCUGUUCCCACAGGGAGCUGCAGCUCUUUGUUUAAUAAUGAAUUACACAGGGUGCUGGGUCACUGCUGAGGCUCAGAUCCAGCUCUUCCCAGGGGCUGGCAAAGCCAGGGCACAUUUUGGAGCAGGAGUUGCCAUUUUAGCCCUGGAAAAGGGGAAUCUUUUUACCUCAGGGAACUCCAGGUGUAUGAAGCUGUGCAAGGGAGUGCUUUAAUACCUCUUCUUACACACUGGCUACUCAGGACUUCAGCUACUCCACAAAAAACUCUCAAAAAAUGUUUGGAAUUUGCUUUUUUUCUUAUAUCAGUACUCCCUUCCCCUACUAUUGCUGACUUUCUUGCUAAAAAAUCUGUCAUUAUUUUGUCCUCCUGAUUUUGUUACACAGUUUCUGUGUGUUUGGAAGUUUUUAAAGCAUUCUUACUUUUAAUUUAUUUUUCAAGUGUGAACGUAACUAAUGUGAAUUUGAAACUUUUUUAAAACUUGAAUAAAAUAUCUGUGAAAUUAUUAA